UCAAAUCUGCUAAAUGUGUGGCGGUCAUGGAUUUCAGCAUAUGUUAAGACAUUUUUCAUAAACGACAUCUCUUAUUUUUAGCUGGACGACUGAUAUCACAUGUCGGAAGCAUAUAACCUCAUUGGUUUUGCUACAGGACUUACGUCUGAAUUCGUCUUGUCAGGGCUUGUUCGGUUCUUCCCUCCUCCCCUUCACACUCAGAGUUUGAUGCGCUCUGUUCUCGUCUUUGCCAGUGUGGGCCAGAGCGCAGGGGAUCAUGGCGUCAGACGGGAUGAUUUUAACCAACCACGAUCACCAAAUUCGAGUCGGAAUUUUAACUGUGAGUGACAGCUGUUUUAGGAAUCUUGCAGAGGACCGUAGUGGAGUCAACUUGAAAGACCUGGUCCAUGACCCGUCACUGCUGGGAGGCGUCAUAUCAGCCUAUAAAAUAGUUCCUGAUGAAAUAGAUGAGAUUAAGGAGACCCUAUUGGACUGGUGUGAUGAGAUGGAGCUAAACCUGGUCCUGACCACUGGGGGCACCGGCUUUGCUCCUCGAGAUGUCACACCCGAGGCCACCAGGGAGGUGAUAGAGCGCGAGGCUCCAGGGAUGGCUCUGGCCAUGCUCAUGGGCUCUCUCAACGUCACGCCUCUCGGCAUGCUGUCCAGGCCAGUGUGUGGGAUCAGGGGGAAAACCCUCAUCAUUAACCUGCCAGGCAGCAAGAAGGGCUCUCAGGAGUGUUUCCAGUUCAUCCUGCCGGCCCUCCCACACGCCAUCGACCUGCUGCGUGAUGCCAUCGUGAAGGUGAAGGGUGUCCACGACGCUCUGCAAGACCUCCCCUCCCCCCCUCCCCCACUGUCCCCUCCGCUCCGCCACUCCCCCCCGCGCCACACCAAGGACUGCGGGGUGCAGUGUGAGGAAGAGGAGGAGGAGGAGAGGAAGAGCAACAGUCUGACCUCCAACCACCUUGGCUCCUCCCACAUCACCGCGGCCGCCAUCGCUGCCAAGAGGGGGACGCCACCCCCCAACCACGCUGUUGUCAUGGCGAAAGGUGGGCACUACCUGCCUGGCCACACACCUGUCCCGACACAUUUCACCUGUUCCUGUGGCGACCCCCCGAUCCCUGACGCCAUCAUCUCGCGGGGUGUCCAGGCUCGGGACACUGCGUCCCUCAGCACCACCCCCUCAGAGUCUCCACGUGCCCAGGCCACCUCCCGUCUCUCCACUGCCUCCUGCCCCACCCCCAAGGCGCGGCUCCCCUCUUCCUGCUCAUCCACUUAUAGUAAUUCACAGGCCUCCAGGAGAGAGUUCAGGGCUCACCUUGAUGAGGUCAUCAGGCUCAAGGCCAGGUACUCUACCCUGGACCAGGUUCAGUCACGUUGUGGCAGCAAGGAGAACAUUCUUAGAGCCAGCCACAGCGCGGUGGACAUCAGCAAGGUGGCGAGGCGUCACCGCAUGUCUCCGUUCCCCCUCACCUCCAUGGAUAAGGCCUUUAUCACUGUGCUGGAGAUGACCCCUGUACUGGGCACCGAGAUCAUAAACUACAGAGAUGGGAUGGGGCGGGUCCUGGCUCAGGAUGUUUACGCCAAAGACAACCUCCCUCCCUUCCCCGCUUCUGUGAAGGACGGCUACGCUGUCCGAGCUGCGGAUGGCCCGGGAGACCGCUUCAUCAUGGGGGAGUCCCAGGCAGGCCAGCAGCCCAGCCACACGGUGAUGCCAGGCCAGGUGAUGAGGGUCACCACUGGGGCUCCCAUCCCCUGCGGGGCAGACGCUGUGGUCCAGGUGGAGGACACGGAACUGCUCAGGGAGUCCGAGGAUGGCACAGAGGAGCUGGAGGUGAGGAUCCUGGUGCAGGCGCGCCCUGGCCAAGACAUCAGGCCCAUCGGUCAUGACAUCAAGCGGGGGGAGUGCGUGCUGUCUAAGGGAACCCACAUGGGGCCUUCAGAGAUCGGUCUGUUGGCCACCGUGGGGGUCACCGAGGUGGAGGUACAGAAAUUCCCUGUGGUGGCUGUCAUGUCAACUGGCAACGAGCUGUUGAACCCAGAAGAUGACCUCCACCCUGGAAAGAUCCGAGACAGCAACAGAUCCACUCUGCUGGCGACCAUCCAGGAACACGGCUACCCUACCAUCAACCUGGGCAUCGUUGGAGACAACCCAGACGAUCUUCUCAACGCACUGAACGAGGGCAUCAGUCGCGCUGAUGUCAUCAUCACCUCAGGGGGCGUGUCCAUGGGGGAGAAGGACUACCUGAAGCAGGUGCUGGACAUCGACCUCCAUGCCCACAUCCACUUUGGACGGGUCUUCAUGAAGCCAGGCCUCCCUACCACAUUUGCCACUGUUGACAUCGACGGUGCACGGAAACUCAUUUUUGCUUUGCCAGGUAACCCUGUGUCAGCAGUGGUCACCUGUAACCUGUUUGUGAUUCCUGCCCUGAGGAAGAUGCAGGGUAUCCUGGAUCCUCGGCCAACUAUCAUCAAGGCCAGGUUGUCUUGUGACGUGAAGCUGGAUCCUCGUCCAGAGUACCAUCGCUGUAUUCUCACCUGGCAUCACCAGGAGCCCCUGCCCUGGGCACAGAGUACAGGUAACCAGAUGAGUAGCCGCCUGAUGAGCAUGCGCAGCGCCAACGGCCUGCUGAUGCUGCCCCCGAAGACGGAGCAGUACGUUGAGCUGCACAAGGGGGAGGUGGUGGACGUCAUGGUGAUUGGCCGGCUAUGAUGUCACUUUCUGGACGGAGCAGCGCUGCAUGUUCACAUAUCAUCAAACUAUCCCAUUAAUAUGCAAUGGCACAGCUAGUUUGUACUGAACUGGGAUAUCGACUUCUCAAUCACAAAGGAUACUAUAGGAGUACAUUUAUCAAUCUCAAUGUGAAGAAAAAAAAAGAUCAUUGUAUUUACAAGACAGAAAAAAUAUGAGCUUUUGAAGUGAAGAAUAUAUGAAAUAUAAGAGAUUUAUUCUGUAUUAUAUCCUUGUUAUAAUUAUCAUGAUUAUUAUAUUUAAUUAUUAUCGUUAUUGAUAUUAUCAUUAUAUUAUAUUAUAUUAUCAACUGUGUUCUCUUUCCUCCCAUUUGCUUUGUGUGUUCAGUGCUAGCCCCUCCCUUUCCUGUUAGCUGUAGCAGUAGAGCUCCUCUGGAGAUGCCCAUUUCCUCUCCCGGCAGGAUAUGAUGUCAGAACAUUGCUCUGGCUGGAGAGGAGGGCUGUAUCAUCCUUAUGGUGCAAUUAGGUGACAUAUUUUCCCUCUAGUGCUUCUAUGCCUCAUAUCUCCCUCAUUUAAUCUCCAUAAGGGCUUUAUAGCCAGCUUCGCUUGUUGUUUAUCCUGUGAGUCGUGUUUAUGUGCGCGGUGCCAAAUGUGCAGGCAUGGGCAAGGUAGUGGGGUUAUCCGGUCACAACAGUUGACCUAUCCUCCAGAUUCCUACCACCUCACCUGCCUAUUUGCCCUGACCCCAUCUACUACCCCACUUGCCCCCAUCUAUUACCCCACCAGGUCACCCACCCACCCAGAGGCUGGGGAGACAGGAGAAAACUUUCUCUUUCAUUACUUUCAUCUUUCAGAAGGGAGAACCAGCUUAUUUAAGUGGGGACUGCCUUUUUAACAACUGUUUAAAACAAUGUACAGAAAAAGAGUAAUAUUGUACAGAAAUGCGACCAGCACUCUUAUGUAAGACAUUAUCAAAGCAAUGAGAGGUCAUUGAAGAACUCUGUACUAUAACAUUUUCUGUAAUGAUAUUGAAAUUAAUAAUAAAAAAACAAUCCUUGAUCAUUA